GAAAAACCUCUUUUAUCAAAACCACUUUUCACGGACUCAAUGCUCUAUCAGGGGUAGGAAUUUUGUCAACUCCAUAUGCUCUAUCUUCAGGAGGGUGGUUAAGCAUGAUUCUUCUUCUUCUUAUUGCAUGUGCAACCUUUUACACAUCAAUAUUAAUAAAGAGAUGUAUGGAUUUUGAUCCAACUAUAACAAGUUAUCCUGACAUUGGAGAUCGUGCAUUCGGAACAUCAGGAAGAAUAUUAGUGUCGAUAUUUAUGACUCUAGAGCUUUACUUGGUAGCAACCGGUUUUCUAAUUCUUGCAGGGGACAACUUGCACAAUUUGUUGCCAGAUGUGAACUUUGAAUUUUGGGGACUCGGAAUUGGUGGGAAACAAAGCUUUGUCUUGAUUGUUGCUCUCCUCAUAUUGCCAACCGUAUUGUUAAAGAACAUGAGUAUCCUUGCAUAUGUAUCAGCCUCUGCAGUUUUAGCGUCUCUCGUGAUUAUUGGUUCAAUUUUCUGGGCAGCAACAUAUGAUGGUAUUGGCUUUCAUAAAAGUGGAGUAGUUGUGAAUUGGGGAGGAAUCCCUACAUCUUUCAGCUUAUAUGCCUUCUGUUACUGUGCCCAUCCUGUUUUCCCAACUUUGUACACUUCAAUGAAUAAGCAGAAGCAAUUCUCCAAGGUAAUGCUCCUAUGCUUUUUGUUCGCUACCAUAACGUAUGCAUCAAUUGCAGCAAUGGGGUACUCCAUGUUUGGCUCAGAGGUUGAAUCACAAAUUACGUUGAAUCUUCCAACUGGUAAUUUUGGCUCAAAAUUGGCUAUAUACACUACCUUGAUCAAUCCAAUAGCCAAGUAUUCAUUAAUGAUGACACCAGUGAUCAACAGACUCGAGGAACGUUUUCAAUCUAACAGUAAUAAGGAAUCAUCAUUUAUCCCCGCCAUCAGGAUCACCCUGGUAAUAAGCAGUGUGAUUGUUGCCUUGACUAUACCCUUCUUUGGUUAUCUCAUGUCACUAGUUGGAGCAUUUCUUAGUGUCACAGCUUCAGUUUUGCUACCAUGUUUGUGCUACUUGAAGAUUUCAGGCACUUACAGGAAGCUGGGAUUUGAGUUGGUCAUAAUAGGGUUGAUAGUACUAAUGGGAAUACUAAUCCUAGUUACUGGUACAUACACAUCUUUGAUAGAGAUAAUACGACAUCUUUAA